AUGCGCCUGGUUCAGCACAUGUGCACCCUGGCCGAGCCCCCCGCCCCGCGCGCCGACGGCUGCCUGGGGGCCGCAGGCCGCCGCCUCGUCAAGAUCGCCGUGGUGGGCGCCAGCGGCGUGGGCAAGACCGCCCUGGUGGUCCGCUUCCUCACCAAGCGAUUCAUCGGCGACUAUGAGAGAAACGUAGGUAAUCUCUAUACCAGACAAGUACAGAUAGAAGGUGAAACGCUGGCUAUUCAGGUUCAAGACACUCCAGGUGUUGAGAUCCACGAGAAUGGCCUGAGCUGCAGCGAGCAGUUGGACCGCUCUAUCUGCUGGGCAGACGCCGUGGUAAUCGUGUUCUCCGUCACCGACGCCAAGAGCUACGAGCUCACCAGCCGACUGCACCAGCACGUGCGGCAGCUGCGCCCGGGCACCCAGCUGCCCGUGGCUGUUGUGGCCAACAAGGCCGACCUGCUGCACGCUAAGCAGGUUGACCCCCAACUGGGGCUGCAGCUGGCUGGCGUACUGGGCUGCCCGUUCUACGCGGUGUCCGUCAGUGAGAAUUGCCACGACGUCUACACUGCCUUCCACGCGCUGUGCAAGGAGGUGCGGCUCAGACAGCCGCCUGGCACGCCUGAGAAGCGGCGGGCCUCCCUCAUCCCCAGGCCCAAGUCGCCCAACAUGCAGGACCUCAAGCGGAGGUUCAAGCAGGCGCUGUCUGCCAAAGUGAGGACCGUCACCUCUGUCUGAGGUGGGCGCCCUGGGAUGGGCCUUCCUGCGUGCCUGACGAGCACUGCUGGUGGGGAUUGGGCCAGAAAGGCCUGUGGGACUACUGCAGAGAGGGCAUGGCUCUGAGCAGGGGACCGAGGUGAUGUGGCUGGAUGGAGCCACCAGCCACUCGCAGAUGGGAAUGCACGUCUUCUCCUUGGACGGGGCAGACACACUCUGCCUUGAGAGUGGGGCUAGCUGUGGCCUCCUGGAAACCCUGAUAGGACUGACAAGUGAUGGGAUACACGAGUGCAGGAUGAGUGGCUGUGAAUGGGAGGGCAGGGGGUCCUGGGCUUGCCUGCCCCCUUUUUUCUUUUCUUUUCUGUUUCCCCCAAGAGGAAGAAUUGCUUUUAUCAGCACAAUUUGGCCCCAGGCACGAUUCCUACAGAAUGCCUUUCUAACCAGCAGGAAACCAGACUUCUUUAAGAACAAGAAGGAAAAGGUUCCUGCCCCCAAAAGGGUCAAGUACAUGGGCCAAAACAUUCCACACACAGAAGUCGGGGAACUCACGGUGUGCAGGGUGUUCCUGACAGGGGUGGGUGUGCUCAGCUGGGUGUGUGGUCAGUGCUGGGAACUCAGACUCCUCAGCCUCAGACUUUGAUUGGGAGACUGUAGAGUUCUUUGUUUUUUGGGGUUUUUUUUUUGACAACUGUUGCAUCAGGUACAGAAAAACAAAAAUGUGUCAGCUGGUUUUGGUGUGACUCGUGUAUGGCAGUGACACAGGCAGCCUCUGGGCCGGGCCGAGCCUCUGGCCGAGACACCAGCACUGCCCCACAGCAAGUGGCUGGCAUGGGACUGCCCCCAGUCCCCUACACAGAUGCACUUUAAGCCACUCAAGCUUUGGCCUCCACUGUAAUUAAUUUAUUUUAUGUACAAUAAACUCAUUUUAAGAGAGCAGG